CCUUUCCGGAUUAAAAAAUAAAGUACUGUAUCAUAAUAUUAUCCCCAUCAUGGCAGAAACAGGAUAAAAGUGACCUCAGGAUCUGGACCAAAUUUUAUUCAACCAUUUGUGCAACAGGAUACUUUAUCAGUGCGGUUCGGUUAUCCUUUGUGGUAAAUUUAGUGAAUUUGGGAGAGAUAAUUUUGGAUAGUGGUUUUAUUAUUUUUGUGCAAGUUUUGUGCUUUUAUACAGUGAUUAUUGAAAGGAACAUAUUUUAUUGGUGGCGCAGGAUUUAUAACAAAUCUGAAGAUGACCUGCGGCGUGACCUUCGUGGACCGCCUGCUGAAUCGCUCGUUCUACAAAUUAGGUCUCCUGGUUGGCAACCAUCCUGGAUAUUUCAUAGUAGUUCCUAUUUUACUGACCCUGCUCUGUUGUACGGGCUACCAAAGAGUCAAAUAUGUGAUAGAUCCAGAAUAUCUAUUUUCACCAGUCAGAGGUGAAGGAAAAUACGAACGAGCGAUCGUGGAAAGCUAUUUCAAAGUCGAUUAUACGAACAGAUUCAAUGUGGCCAGGAUCACUCGACCAGGUCGUUUUGGAAGAGUAAUAGUGGUUCCAAAAGAUGGAGACAACCUGCUCCGGGCAGAAGUGUGGCACGAAUUGCGAUUGCUGGACGAUCUCAUACAAAAUGCCACAGUUCAGUGGCCUCCUGCAAAAGGCUUAGGAGCAGGAAUGGACGACGAUGAGGAACCUCAUACUUUUACUUACCAUGAUGCCUGCGCCAGGUGGCAGCAGCAGUGUUUUACGAAUGAUAUCCUGAAUUUGGACCACAUUAUCGAAGAUGUGGAAUCCGGAGCACUAAAUCUGACUUUCCCAGUAAUGUUCAACCCAGUGACCUGGGAUGCCCAUGCUUUUCCGGUGUUCUUUGGUGGGACGGAAGUUGAUGACGAAGGCCUCAUCCGAAGAGUUCCUUCUUUACAAUUGGUUUAUUUUGUGGCUGCAGACACCAGGAGGCAGGAUGCAAAGGGUGCAGCCUGGGAAGAAGCUUUUCUGGAUGCUGUCGGACAGGCUGAAGAAAAUGGAUACUUUAAACAUAUAUCAGUAGCUCGAUUUGCAUCACGUACCCUUGAUCAUGAACUUGAGAAAAAUACUCGCACAGUCGUUCCUUAUUUUGGAUCUACUUUUGCUAUUAUGGCUCUAUUUUCAACGAUCACUUGCAUGAUGGGGGAUCAGGUCCGUUCUAAGCCUUGGCUCGGUUUGUUGGGAAAUGUAUCGGCCGUAAUGGCAACUUUGGCCGCGUUCGGAAUGUCCAUGUACCUGGACAUUGAAUUUAUCGGAAUCAACUUGGCCGCGCCUUUCCUCAUGAUAGGUAUUGGUAUCGAUGACACUUUCGUGAUGCUGGCAGCCUGGCGCCGGACAUCACCACAUCUGCCUGUUCCGGAACGAAUGGCCAAAACCUUGUCCGACGCUGCCGUCUCCAUCACCAUCACCAGCUUGACAGACACCAUUAGUUUCUGGAUAGGUGUCAUCAGUCCCUUCCCGUCUGUUAGGAUAUUCUGCGCUUAUUCAGGUUUUGCUGUAUGUUUCACCUUCCUCUGGCACCUGACAUUCUUCGCCGGUUGCAUGGCCAUCUCAGGCCACUGUGAGAAGAAGAAUCUGCACGCGAUCAUGUGCUUCAAAGUGGACACCGUCUCUCAGGCGAUAGCAAAGAAACGAUCUCGUCUGUACCUCUGGUUCUGUGCCGGUGGUGUUGACCCUGCCGAUCCUCAUCAUCCAAUAGACAACAAAGAGCACGUCUUGAUGGCCUUCAUGAGGGACAAAGUGGCAGCAGCCAUCAACUGUGGAUGGGUUAAGGCUUUCAUUUUAAUUGCAUUUGCUGCUUAUCUUGCAGGUGCUGGUUAUGGACUGACACGUAUGCGAGAAGGUUUAGAGCGAAGAAAAUUAUCCAGAUCUGAUUCCUAUUCAGUGGAAUUCUUUGAUCGAGAGGAUAAGUACUAUAGAGAGUUUCCAUACAGAAUACAAGUUAUAAUCAGUGGAGAGCACAACUAUUCUGAUCCUUGGAUUCAAAACGAAGUAGAAACAUUAACGCAACGACUAGAAAAUUCAUCUUACAUCACAUCGCCAUUGUACACAGAAUCUUGGCUUAGGAGCUUCUUGAGCUACGUUGAACGCAACAAUGAUUACCUCAAUAUAACCAUGGACGAAGAAGAACCUUUCCUAGAAGCUUUGAAAGAGCUAUGGCUUUUCCCGGCAAAUCCGUUCUCUCUGGACGUAAGUUUUAAUAAAGCCGGUGAUAGAAUCCAAGCAUCCAGGUUUCUAAUUCAAGCUGUCAACAUCAGUGAUACAAAUCACGAGAAGGAAAUGGUCAAAGCUUUGCGUCAGAUUUGUCAUGAGUCUCCUUUGAAUGCCAGUGUCUUCCAUCCAUAUUUUGUGUUCUUCGAUCAAUUCGAAUUGGUUCGUCCGACAUCCAUCCAAAGUAUGAUAAUUGGUGCCAUCAUAAUGAUGAUUAUUUCCUUUGUAUUUAUACCAAAUUUCCUUUGUUCUCUGUGGGUUGCGUUCAGUGUUGUUUCUAUCGAACUCGGAGUUGCUGGAUACAUGUCGUUGUGGGAUGUUAAUUUAGAUUCAGUUUCUAUGAUUAAUUUAAUUAUGUGCAUAGGAUUUUCCGUAGAUUUCACAGCGCACAUCUGCUACGCGUAUAUGUCAUCAAAAGCAGAAGAUCCAAAAGAACGAGUUCGGGAAUGUUUAUAUUCUUUAGGUCUUCCUAUAGUGCAAGGAUCCUUUAGUACUAUUCUUGGAGUCCUUGCUCUGGUUUUAGCUGGAAGUUAUAUCUUCUUAGUAUUCUUCAAAAUGGUGUUCCUCGUUAUCUUCUUUGGAGCCAUGCACGGAUUAUUCUUACUGCCUGUUCUGUUAUCAUUAUUUGGACCAGGUUCCUGCACAUACAAAUCUGAUAAAUCUAGAGAUUCACAUUUAGACAGGUACCCACCACCAUAUAUAAUUCCAAACAACUCCCAACUCGCCCUAGCUGGUAGCCCUUAUGGCGGCAAAACAUUUUUGGGAAGUCCAUACAAGUUAUAUGGCGAUGAUAAAGAUUUAGGAAUUGGUACAUCUGGAGAAGACACUAGCGAAUCUAGUUCUAAUAAAAGUCAACGUCGGGAAGCCUUAGAGGAUGAGAACACAAGAAGGCGCUAUGAGGAAGGAUGGCGAAGAUCAGCACAUGUAACAUCUCAAUUCCAACCUGUGCAAGUGCUGGAUAUAUAUGGUCAUGAAGCUGAAAAAGCUUGGAGACGUGGAAGGAGUUUCAAUGAAGCUAAAGCAAGGAAAGAUUCUAGGAGAACUUCUCCAUAUGGUGAAAGAAAAUUAUCAUAUGAAGAAAGAAAGUUGUCCUAUGAAGAGAGGUUGCCUUCAAGGGAAGAUUGGAGGCAAUAUGGAGAUGAUUUGUCUUAUGGAAACUCAAGACGAUCAUCUCAAGAAGAAAGUACUAGGAAAUACAGCGACGAAAUGAAUAGAUACAGAAGGUACUCUCCACCAGAAGGUAUGUACAAGCAGAAUCCUCAAAAAUAUUCAUCUCAACACAGCUUGUACCAUUCGAAAAUGAGAUAUAAUCCAAACUAGCACAUAGAAGCAAAUAGCUGACAAAAUGUUCAUGUUUGUGUCAUCCCUUACCUUCAGUGGUAAGAUUCUAAAUCAAGUUUGAUAGGAACAUUAAAUAAAUUAUAAAUUUUUAAUUGAUUUUGCUUUCGUGUUUUUAAAUAUUGUUUUGGUGUUUUGUUUUAAAUGACAUUUUUAGUUGUUAAGAUCACAUUAGUCAAUCUAUUUAUUUAUAUAUAAUGUUUUUCAUACGAUAUCAAACUAAUUUAUAAGCUUGCCAAUAGAGACCUUGACAAACUGGAAAAAUAGUGUGCUAGAAUGUACUGUUAAUGUUUUGAUAGUGUAGAUAAUACUGGUCUGUUAAUGUUAUAUAUUUUGCUACCUAUGUAAUAGUUAAAUCUCAAUUUUAACGAGUAAUCUAUUGGUAAUUAGAUUAGUGUAUAUAUAUUUUAGAUACAAUGUAAAUAUAUAGAAAUAUAAGUAACUCUAAUACUUAUUUCUGUUAUGACGACAUAA